AUGGUGCAGAUAAAGAGGUACUGCGAUAUUACAGGCUAUAAGCCAUCGCAGGCUAUUAAUGGAAACACAGUAAGUUGGAUUUGGGGAAUUUGUAACGUUCUUUCAGGUAUACAAAAAGCGCUGGAAAUAUCUCUACCCUCUUCAUUCAUUUACGUAUUCACGGAUGCUCGAUCGAAGGACUAUGAACUUGAAGAUGCUGUCUUGAGUAUGAUCCAGGAAAAGCAGAGCUCCGUAGUAUUCGUGAUGACGGGUGACUGUGGAAACCGAACGCAUCCAGGAUUUCAGGUUUAUGAAAGGAUCGCUGCUGCAUCGUUCGGACAGGUUUUCCACCUGGAAAAGAGCGACGUCUCCACUGUUUUGGAAUAUGUAAGGCAUACCGUGAGACAGAAAAAGAUUCAUAUGCUUUAUGAGAUAAAUGAAUACGGAGGAAUGAAGCUGCGCAUUGUACCUGUUGAUGAGCUCAUGGAAGAGCUCACAAUUUCAUUAUCUGGCGACAAAGAUAACGAAGAUGUGCUUGAUAUCAUGCUGAAAGACCCACUAGGUACCCUUCAUAUCGUGUCAUACUUUACUUACUCGUACUCGUACUUUUGA